AUGUUAUAAUAGAAUUAGCCAAAAUAAGAGAUCAAUAAUACAAUAGAUGCGCCUAUAGGUUUAUAUCCGAAGAGAUAGUUUAUUAUAGAAGGAGUUUUGGGAAGGGGAAAGAACAGUUAAGUAUUCUUAGCAAAGCCUGUUUAGUGGGGUACGUUUUAAAAUAAAGUGGCUUUAAAAUUUCGAUAAUCAUAUAAAGAUGAAAUGAAAUAGUUAUACUAAAAAGUAAUCGAAUAUUAGAAUAAGUUUGAAACCUAAAAUAAUUAAAAUGAUAAUCAAUCUAAUUUUAUUAGAAUAUAUGAUUAAUUUGAUUAUUCUGAAUAUUUAGUUACAGUAAUGGAAGUAGGAUAAAAUGAUUUAAGUAGUUACUAGAAGAAAUAUUAAAAUAUAACAUUUUAAUAGAAAUAAUUGUUCUGUAAAUAGGUAAAAUUUAACAUUAAUUAUUAGAUGUUAUAAUCAAUUAUAUUCUUACAUUCAUUGAAUGUGAUUCAUAAAGAUAUUUCACUUGAUUGCUAUUUAAUGAUUGGUCUAUCAGUUAAAUUAGUUAAUUUUGGAUUUGCAAACAAAAGAACCAAUUUUAAAGGAUUUGAUAUCGAGGAUGUAAUAGUUAAUCAAAAAUUUAAACCACCUGAAACGUAUAAUCAAGAAUAUACUGCAGCAGCUGAUGUUUGGUCAUUGGCUUGUAUUUUUUAUGAAAUUAUGAAAGGAUCAUCACUAUUUUAGGGUAUUAAAAUUAUUCAUAUUAAAUUAGGUAAAAAUUUGGAGGAAUUAAGGCAGCAGAAAGAAAAUUAAUCUUAUAUUUCAGAGAAAAUAGAUGACUUAUAAAUAACUGAUGAAUGGAAAUAAACAAUGAAAAAAAUGCUUUAUCAACAACCGAAUUUAAGGAUUUCUCCAAAGGAUGCUAUGGAAUAAUUAUCGAAAAAAUCUUCAGCUUUUAUCAUUUAAAAAUUUUCAUAGCCGAAUUUUGUGGCACAAUAAUAGUAUCCAAUUGCUUAAUAAUCUUAAAAUUAAUUUAGAUAAUUUAAUUAAGAUAUUUAAUAACCCUAAUUGUAAUCAUCAAUAGUUAUAUAAAUUAAUGCAAUGAUUACAGCUUUAGAUUAGCCGAAUUCUAUCAACUAAUUAUUAUAAUAAAAAGAAUAAUCAAGAAAAUUGUUGGUGUCUUUAAAAGAUAAAAUCUAAUAAUUGUAAAAUUAAUUCGAAAACAAUAUUACUUCCUUAGAACCAGUGCUUAGUUUUGAUAAUAACUAAUAAAAUCAAAAACCUUAACAAAAAGAAUUGCCUCCUGCUGUUUAAUAGAGUUUAGAUGAAAUAAAAAAAAGAUGUUUAGAUAUAGAGGAAAAAUGUAUUUCGAAUUCAGAAUAGGCAGUACUAAAUCAAAAUUUACAAACAAUAAAUAAAGAAAUUGAAAUUCUUAAAAAUAAUACCGAAAAUUUAGAUAGAAGAUAAAAAGAAUAUUAAGAAUUAUAAUAAUAAGUCAAUCAGUUAAAAGAAGGACAGAAAGCAGUUAUGAAGUCAAAGAUUUUAGAAGAGGAGUUACAAUUAUUAAAAAAAGAAAAUUAAGCAAAGCGGUAAGCUUUGUCACUUCAGAAAGAGAUUGAAACGAGUAAUAAAAACAUUAUCGAAUUAGAAUAAUCUGUAUAUACCAUUAAUUACUUAUAAGAUUAAAAACUAAAAUAACAAAUACAAAUUGAUAAUUUAAAAAAGGAGAUCUCAAUAUAUGCUGCUUUAGAGAAUGAGAUCAAGAUAUAAGGAGAUGAAUUAUUAGAGCUAAAAUGUUAACAAAAGUAAUAUAAAUUUUUGGAGGUUGAAAUUUAGAAUAACGUAAAAACUAUAGAAUCACUCAAAGUUUCUUGUUAACAAUUACCAUAUGUCCAAAAAUCAUUUGAGGAAUAAUAGUAGGAAAUUGAAAAACUUAAAUAGCAGUUGUCCUAAUUAGAUAAUCUGUAAGCGGAAAUAAAAAAAAAUACAAAUUUAAUUACAUAAAUGAAAAAUAAAAACUAUGGAUUGACUUAAUUGUAGAAAGAUGCUGAAAAAUUAAAGAAGGAGAUUUCCUCACUAGAAAGUGAUUUUUAAAAAACAAUAGAGACCGAAAAAUAAAUAGCAAAUCUGUCUGAAUAAAAACAGCAAUUAAAGGAAUAGCAAUAACAAAAAUUAGAACAAAAUAGAAAUUAGGAAAAAUAAAUGUUAGAGUAUAAAUGAAAUAAAUAGAAAAGUGAAAAGAG